CCAGAUUUACUCUCUCCCUCUCUCUCUCAGAGGCUCUCUCCCUGUCUUUCUCUCUCUAAGAUCACUCAAUUUUCACUUUCAGUUUCUCUCUCUAAAAGCCCGAAGAACAGAGAGAAGGAAAGAGAGACACUUUCCGAUUUUUUAUUGAAGGGAAGGUGCUAACUUGGGCAGUGGUAGUUGCCGGUAAAAGUGCGCCGCCUGAGAUGUCGCCGGCGGCCUCGAGAACUACGGUGGUGAUUAGAAUCUCGCGGUACAGGAGGGCCCACUAAGGUGAAAAGAUCAGACGGCGUGGAGAGUUGUUGGGACCCACAAAUCUCUCUUUAGCGCUUCUCUGUAAUAGAAAUGGACGGCCAGAAGAGCCAGUCCAAGCUCACGAGAACACAGUCCUCCCUUCUCCGUUCGUCCUCCACCGUCCGAUCCUCCAUUCACAGCCUCGCCUCCGUCACAGAGUGUGACCUUAUGAAACAGCAAAACCAAUAUCCACAGCAACAGGAGCACAACUUGGAAGAGAAAGAAGAGAAGCAGAAAAGGAAGCCCCCUAAUAGGUCUGGGUCUACCGUCCGUACAGGAUCGACCCGGUUCAACCCGGGUCUUGCCGUGGCUUCGCUUUCCUUCUUCACUUUCUUUUCUUUCUUCUUUUUCUUCUUUUACUUGAGAAGAGAAGAGAUACCCACAUCAGAGAAUCUCCUGUUGGCCCUGAUUUUCGUUGCCGUUACCCUUUUCUUUGCUUCCAAGAACAAGAAGCUGAUUAAUCAAACCGUGACAACGAUCAAGCAACUAUGGGAAGAAAGCACGAAAAGAUUGGGGUUUUCCUCGAAAAAACAGUCAAAACCCGUUCAAUGGUUCAUCGGGGAAUCGAAACCAACCCAUAAAACCAGGAAAGAAAAGAGAAUAGUGAGAGAAGGAGUAGAGUUUUAUAGCAAUGGCGAUUUCUACGAAGGAGAGUUUCACAAGGGGAAAUCUAAUGGGAGUGGGGUUUACAAUUACUAUGUGAAUGGGAGGUAUGAAGGAGACUGGAUAGAUGGCAGGUAUGAUGGUUAUGGAAUAGAGAGUUGGGCCAGAGGUAGUAGAUAUAGAGGUCAGUAUAGGCAAGGAUUGAGACAUGGGUAUGGAGUUUAUAGGUUUUACACAGGGGAUUCUUAUGCUGGCGAGUGGUGCAAUGGACAGAGCCACGGAGUUGGUGUGCAGACUUGCGCUGACGGGAGCUGCUAUAUUGGGGAAUUCAAGUGCGGUGUUAAGCAUGGACUUGGAUGUUACCAUUUCAGAAAUGGAGAUAGAUAUGCUGGAGAGUAUUUUGGGGACAAGAUCCAUGGGUUUGGUGUCUAUCACUUUGCUAAUGGCCACUCUUAUGAGGGCUCGUGGCAUGAGGGUCGUAAGCAAGGAUUCGGCAUGUAUACAUUCCGCAAUGGUGAGGCGAGAUGCGGUGAAUGGGAUGCAGGCAGCCUCAAAACCCAUCUACCUCCUCUCACCGAUGCAGUCCUUCGAGCAGUUCAGGCUGCUAGGAGAACUGCAGAGAAUGCCAUCAAUCUACCAGGAGUCGAGGAGCAGGUUAGCAAGGCAGUGAUGGGUGCAAACAGGGCCGCGACAGCGGCAAGAGUUGCUGCAGUAAAAGCUGUUCAGAACCAGAUGGAUGGUAAAUUUUGUGAUGGAGAGGUGUAAGAGUGAGGAAUUAGGUUUUGGUUUGAAGUGUAAAUUUAAGUAAUUUGGAAAGAAGUGAGUCACCCUGGUGAGCAAAAAGCUCACCGGAGGUUGAAGAAGAAAGUCUUUGAGAUUCCCUUUGAUCACAUACUGUAACUUGUACAUAAGUAAAAAAAAAAAAAAGAAAAAAAAAGAGAGAAAACUCAGAUAUAUAUCAAUGCAAGGUGAGUUUUCAGAUUGGUUA